AUGAGUGAGGUUGAAAAUAUGUUGGCUAGUGGUGUGUGUCAAUCUGGUAAAUGGGCCAAUCAAAUUGGUACCUUGCAUCGAGGUGGAGCUACUCGUUGGAGCUCGCAUUAUGACUCUGCUAGAAACUUGAUUGAUAUGUAUGAGGCAUCUUGUGUAGUUGUUGAAAGUCUCAAGAAGAGUACAAAUCAAAAAAUUCGCGGGAAAGCUAUUGGUGUUUACAAAGUAAUGAAAAGCUUUGAAUUCAUAUUUGUCUUGCAUUUGAUGGACAACAUUUUGGAAAUCGUGAAUACACUUUGUCAAGCCUUGCAACAGAAAACUCAAGACAUCUUAAAUGUGAUGAAAUUAGUCUCCACAACAAAAGCUCUCCUUCAAAAACUUAGACAAGAUGAUUGGGAUAUUUUUCUUGCAAAUGUGGUGUCAUUUUGCAAUCGACAUAACAUUGUGGUACAUGAUAUGAGUUCUCCUUAUGAAGAGGGUACAAGUCAUCGUCGUCAACAAGAUCACAUAACAAUUGAGCAUCAUUAUCACUUUGACAUAUUCAACUCUAUAAUUGAUUUUCAAUUGAUGGAGUUAGAACAUAGAUUUAAUGAUAGGGUAGUGGAACUUCCUUCUCUUAACUCGGCUUUGGAUCCUAGUGGCAAUUUUAUAUCUUUUAAUGUGGAUAAUAUUUGCAAUCUUGUCGAGAAAUUUUAUCCUCAAGAUUUCACUUCUUAA